AUGACAGAACCAAAGAAUAGUUUCCCUCAAGCCCCAGUACUCAAGGUGCAUUGGUUUCACGCCAUCGAUAGGCCUAUUAUAGACCCUAUUGCUAUUCGUAAAGCCAAGCGAGACAAGACGUUGACGAGUAUCAACUCAACUUCAUCAGCUUCAUCCAUCGCUUCCGAAUCGUCAUUAUCUUCUUCAGCGACAUCCUGCAAAAACAAACCAAAGAAUUGGGUUCCGUUUUCCAAGCGUGAUAACACAGCAUUGGAGAAGGCUUUCGAGAAUGGGACAAAAGUAGUGCCUGUGAAUGAAGAUUACUUAUUCCAAGUCGAUAUUUACAAGAGAGAGAUCAGUCCGGUUUACUGGGAGGGGCCUGUUUUCGAAGUGCGUCGGGCUACAUGGUUUAUGCAAACAGAUUCAAAGUGGUUACCAUGCGAGGAAAAUAUGGCAAAGCAAAUCGAACAAGGUUAUCAUAAACAUAAACCAAUCAGAUCUGAACCAGUUGCUGCUGAAAUGGUGCCCAUAGUACAAGACAAAGAAAAGGACAUUGGCCAAGUAGAUCAAGUACUCUCAAAAGAAGAGCCACCAUCCUCAACAGCGACGAAGCCUAUCAACGAGUUGAAAGUGAAUGAAGAGCAGAAGGAGUAUCUGCUGGGACCUUAUCUUGGACAAUAUGUCAUCUACUCCAGCCCAACGCAAGCUUGGUUAUUAUAUGACACAGCACCAGCCAAGAUCGCCAAGAGCUUUUUAGAAAAGUUGACCAACAAUCAAAACUUGGGUGGCAUCAAAUUACUUCGAGGCUACAAUGAAGUUGAAAAGGAGACUGCAGCGAAGAAGGAGCAAGAAGGCAAAAAGGAUACAAAGACAGCAGAUGAAGCAGAUGCCAGCAAGAAACUACAUUUAGAUUUAGAAGACGAUAAGCCAAGACUGUCGACCGAUUCUGGAGAUUUAUCAAGAAACAUCUCACCCCAAAAGAAGAAGGAAUUGGAGGAGAAGGAAAUGAUACAACAACGCGCAGAAGAUUAUGAUAACGAGGAUAGUGAAGAAGAUGUACGAAAUAUAGAUCAAAUCGUGUUUGUGAUUCAUGGCAUUGGCCAACAGAUGUCUGAGCGUAUGGGUCAAAAUUUUGUACAUGAUGUUAAUGUUUUGAGAAAGACGCUGAAAUCAACAUGGCCCAUUGCAGUCUCAGGAACACAGCCUUUGGAUCGUGCCAAUGGCAUCCAAGUUUUACCUAUUCUUUGGAGAAAAGGCAUCCUGUUUGGAACAGAUGACACGGACCAAGAUUCAAAGCUAGAGUCAGAUAUUGGUAUCUCGGAAGAUGAUGAUGGAUGUCCCACGUUGGAUGAGAUUACAUUAGAGGGUGCUCCUAAUAUCAGAACAUUAGUCUCGGAUGUUUUUCUUGACAUUCCUUUGUACUUGACGAGUAAAUACCAUGAUUUGAUGAUCCAUGUGGUGACAAAAGAGAUCAACCGCGUGUACAAGUUAUUCAUUGAGAGAAAUCCCUAUUUCUUGAAGAACAAUGGCCAGGUGUCAAUUGUCGCUCAUUCCUUGGGUUCAUUGCUUGGAUUCGACAUUCUUAGUGUGCAGCCAUUCACGUACAAACAAAAGCCAAAUGUACAACAACAACAACAACAACAACAACAACAACAACAACAACAACAACAGCAAAACUCGUCUGCUUACAACGAAAAGAAUCUUGCGACAUUGAAUUUCCCUGUGAAAAACUACUUUGCAUUGGGCUCGCCAUUAGGUAUGAUCAUGCUGUUACGAGGCAACAAGAUAAUAUCUCGCAAGACAUUGACAGAACCACCACCAAAGCAAAACAACAUUGAUCAUCCCGUGUCCUUUGUAUAUCCUGCUGCUGACAACAUUUACAACAUUUUCCACAAAUCGGAUCCAGUCGCCUAUCGCUUAGAACCCUUGGUCGUUCGUCACUAUGGAGCUAAAUUGAAGCCUGUGCCUAUCCCUUACAUCAAAGGCGGGCUGAAGAGCAUGUUGGAUGCCGGCUUCAAUGCAGGUAGUGAUCUAGCGAAUCGAGCAGGUGCCAUGUUUGAAUCUAUUAAAACGGGAUUUACCAGUAGCUUAUUGAUGCGUGGCUUGGGGUUCUCCAAACCAUUGGAAUACGCAUCAGGUUCUGCUGAAUUGCAGGAAUGGCAAUCUCAAUCCAAUCCCAAUAUCAUGACAACGCGAGCCAAUGCUAAAAGUGCAUCCAAACUCAAGUGCCUGAACCCUACUGGUAGACUGGAUUUCUAUCUGCAAGAAGGGUUGCUGGAGAAUGCUUAUUUGAGUGCGUUGAGUGUGCAUAUGUCGUAUUGGCAGGAUGUGGAUGUCGCUGGUUUCUUGAUUCGAGAAAUCUAUCAAAACCAAAGUGAAGAAAAGAAAUCCAAGACCAUCACUGUUUGA